CACAUACCCACAUCGACCAUGUCGUGGGAUAACGCACGGCGACAUGCGCGCGCCCUCGAGUCGGCGCUCGACACCAAGCUCGCAUCUUAUUCGCGCCUCGCGGCCGACAUUGCAGGCGGCGGCCGUUUCGGCGGGCCCAGCCGUGACGUGCUUGCGCAGGAAGAGGAGGGCGUCGGCGGACACCGGCUCGUCGAGGAGGAGGUCGAGGAGUUGCUGGAGAAGCUGGAACAAGCAAUCGACGACCUCGCAGCCCAGAUGAACUCGCCGAGCCAGGCGCCGUCCGCGUCGAUGCAGCACGCGGCACAGCGGCACCGCGACAACCUCGACGACUACCGGCGCGAGUUUGGCCGCGUGCGCGCCGGCGUCGAGGCCGCGCUCGCGCGCAGCAACUUGCUCGGCAGUGUGCGGAAGGACAUUGACGACUACAAGUCGGGCCUGUCGUCGCAGACGGACGCGCUGCUCGCGGACCGCGGGCGCAUCGACUCGAGCCACCGCAUGCUCGACGAGACGCUCAACCAGGCGUAUGCGACGCGCGAGGAUUUCGCUCAGCAGCGCGGCAUGCUCGCCUCCAUCGAUGCGCGGAUGGGCGGCGUCGUGCAGCAGAUGCCGGGGAUCAAUCGCCUCAUUAGCAUGAUCUCGACGCGGCGGCGCCGCGACACGUUCAUCCUCGGCGGCGUCGUAGCUUUCUGCGUUCUCGUACUCAUUUGGUACUUGUUCGGUUGGUAGUGGUAGGAGUGGGUUGGUAGGAGUACGAGGAGCAUACGAGGACAAUCAGCACACCGAGGUGAGCGAGCACUCAUAGAGGUGUACAACAUUAGUGCAAUGUAAUGCACACUCGCCGCGAUGUGGUACGGGCAGCUGCUUCCAUACGACGCACUACAUCUGCACAACUCUACAUGCUACAACAGCGACACUAGUAGUCGUCACCA